GCGCUGUCAAUCACCCAGACUCGGCGGCCGCACCCAUCUGCCGGAGAGCAGUCGGGUUUCGAUGGACGUUUGUUUCAGGCGGCUCUAGGUCACUUUUUCGAUUUUUUUUAGAGAAAACGACCAGCCACAGAAGUAUCAGUGAGUUGGUUUGAGAACAACAAACGCGUUGGCGAUGGAGAGGAGGAUGUCUACCUGGGCCCUGCUCUCUCUGGUGCUGUCAGGUGUUGGUGCCAUCCAAGUUAACAUCCCGGAGGAGGUAUACGAGUUCGCCAGGGGUGACAACAUCACACUGCCCUGCACCUUUAAACCCAAACCCGGCGGGAAAGUGCCAAUAGCCAUCAUCUCGUGGUCCGGUGAAUCUGAGAACACUCCUUCUGAUGAGAGCCUGAUCCUCACUUAUUAUUCUACUGGUGCAGUUACUGACAUCAAACUGCAAUAUGAAGGCCGGGUGUCCCUGGAUGUGGAUAUUACCACGGGAAAGGCCAACUUGAAACUUUCCUCCAUCACACUGGCAGACAACAAGGUGUUUGAAUGCCGCGUCCAGAUUGCGGGUGACGACGAGGGCAAGCCGGCCGACACUGCAGAGCUGGUGGUGCUAGUGGCUCCAUCUACACCCAUCUGUAAGAUCCAGGGAAAGACAGAAUACGGCCAGAACAUCAACCUGACCUGUUUGUCUGAGGAAGGCUCUCCGACUCCCACUUACUCAUGGAAAAGUCAAGAUGUCAGGAAAACCCCUCGCAUGUUCGACCGAAGAACCACCGACAAGGGAGGCAUCCUGUCUCUAUUCAACAUCUCCAAAGAUACAUCAGGAUACUUCAUCUGCACCUCGGCAAACAAGAUCCGCUCCGCUUCCUGCAACAUCACCCUCGCCGUCAUGCCACCUUCCAUGAACAUUGGCUCCACUGCAGGAAUCAUUGGUGCAGUCGCCGGGGGGAUCGCCGCGUUGGUCGUGCUCAUCGUCGUCAUCUAUUGCUGCUGCUGCCGGAAGAAGAAGAAGAAGGAGGAGGAAUACGCCAUGGGGGUUCCUGAGGAAGAGUACAGCGACAAACAGCCGACUAGAAACGGUGAGAGUCGCCCCGUUGAUGGACGAGAGGACGACCACGUCCAUGAUGACUCCAGUUUGAGGCGCCCUGUUGAAAGCCGUGACCGCUACGACGAACAUAGUGAGCGCGACUAUAAGACCCGCAGCGAUCACGACGACCGCCGCAGCGAUCACGACGACCGCCGCAGCGACUACGACGACCGCCGCAGCGACUACGACGACCGCCGCAGCGACUACACUGAUCGCCGAAGCGAGUACGAUGACCGCCGUGAGAGGAACAGUGACCGCAACGAGCGCUACGACGACGAGCGUCGCUACGAUGACCGCAGGGACCGUCGCCACGAUGAUGACGACCGCUAUGAUGAGCCCUACGAUGAUCGCGAUCGUGACAGACCACCUUUGCCAGCCAAUAAGCCACCGAGGAAGGACUACACCGACUAAAGCCGCCAACUUGUACCGACCACCAUCUACUGUUUCAUCUCCAUUGACUUUACUCCAAUGGCUGCCAGUUAGCUCAUACCCAAGGUGUGAGCUAAGCAUUGGCUGUUGUUUUUCUAGAACAAUUUUGUUAGCCAAGCUGUUUGUUGGAGGAUUAGUUGAGGAAGGGCAGGGAACCCAAAAUGGUGGCCACAAAGCCCAUGUGAUCCGUUUUAUACAGGGAGUGGUCGGGGUGGGUGGGGUCAACAUUUACAAACUCAGGUAAAGGCUCAGGUCUAGACAGUGCCCAGGGCAAGAUCUGUAUCUUUGCUGUGUACCAAAUUGGCGUCAUAUAAAUAUUAGGAAAUUAGCAAAUAUUUCACAGAUUCCCAGAGAAAUUUGUAGCUUUGUAAUUCAGAAAUUAGGUGGUAUUUUAGCUUUAAACUCGAAAUAUUGAAAUUGUUAAAUAAGAAUGGAUGACCUGAUUUUUGUCUGUCUGAUGUCUGAUGACUGCUGUUGCUGGGUGUAACUGGUGGUAGAUUUUAAAUAUACAUAUAUAUUAUUUUUUUCAGGAAGUUACCUCCAUACUACAGAUAAGGGCUUCCAUUUUGUGUCAUUAUUUGCGCUUCAUAGGAUUAUUUCUGUUUAUUUGACUUAGAUACUGUCUGUCCUUGUAUAGAAACACAGACAUUGAGACUAUUUUUAAUAUCCUCUCUGUCUUUUCGUGCUUUCAGUUUUUUUCAUCAUGAUAUAGAAACUUCCUCGGAUUGUGUGUAUUGAUAGUGUCACCACUCUCGUUUUUAUUGCAAAGGAAAAUACUCAUUUAAAUAAGUCUAAACUUUGAAGAUGUACAGCAUAGAACCGCCUUUGCCAUGUCACUGUCGAAUGUUUUUAUUAUGUUUAAUUAUUUUAGAGAGAGAUUUCUGUUGAACUGCAAUUAAAUAUGACAACAUACAGUAUACAUGCAGUUAUUUUAUCCCCGCAAUGGUAAUGUUACCAGUUUUUCAUUGGGCUUUGUGUUAUGACACAGUGUGGGAUGUAUUUCACUCAUGAAAUAUGCUAUAAAAAUA